ACCACAUGCACUCUUCCUCUCAUUACUACUGCUUCACUCAUUUGAUCCUGUCCAGAUGUCAUGACGUUCCGAUGCUAUGCCCAUGCCGACAACACGCGCGAGUACAUCAUGACAAGUGAUGCCAAGCGCAUCAGCUCCUACGACUUUAUGCUCGUCUUUCUCUGUCUCGGAAUCGUCAAUACCCUGGGUACUACAUAUACAUGCUACGCAGUGGUCACCCUUUUGAUCGUCUCGCGGAUAGUCGUCAAGCUAUUUAUGGUCACAGAAGAAACGAUACUGGUCAUAAGGGAUGUCGGUGUUCAGGUUAAGACUGUAUACCUUGGAGGCAGGAGUUCUUCUCGAUUCAUUGAUCGGUCCAAGAUCUCGGAUAUCAUCAUCAAUGAGGCCAUUACCAUGAUGCAUAUUCGUGUCUACAUGGCGAUCAUUGUCGAGGGCGAGGACAAAAUGGUCGUCGUCUUUCAGCACCUAUUGCCGAGACUGAAUGUGGUGCUGCAGGCGUACCAUGGGGCGAGGUCUAUCAUCUUUAAUGAAAAGGACAAUUCGGACGUUCCGCUCGAGUUCUCGUAGCACAAGAGACGCUUCACAGGAUGCAUCAUAGCAUCACAAGGCCGAUGAAGGAUGUACAUGAGAUAAAGAACCUCCAAUAAACCAGCUGCGGAUCAAAAGUACAGCACUCUGUUCAAACUUCCGGCGGCAGCAG